GAAAAAAAGGUGAAUCAUUCUUUCGUGCUAAAGAUACAACCCGCACCCAUAAACCCCAAGCCCAUAUCCAUUAGACCAUUAUUAUUAUGAUCGGUUUGCGACUCUCUUCCCCGCUCCCCCUUCUCUGUGUCACCGGUUGCCAUCAAUGAGCUCUUUGCCCGCUUUCUCAAUCUUCUCGUGAGAGAAAGAAGUUCGAAGGCGCUAAUCCUCUUUCUCCUCGCCUCCUCCAUUCGUUGGGCUCUUCCGAUGGCUUCCUCGAUGUCUUCUAUGUCCAUAUUUAUUCGCAGGGACUCCAGAUUUCAGGCCUGCCAUGGCCUCUACAAGCACAACUCCUGCUCCGUUACCAGAGGCCUUCAACCCUCUCCGAUUCUGGGAAGUGUGCUUCCGGUAUCGAGCGAAGGAAGAGGUUGGAGUGCUGCCGUUGCUUGCUCGAUGAAGCCUCUGUCGAUCGUCCCAGCUUCAAGGACUCGAGAAGUCUUGUGUAAAGCUGAAACAAAUAUUUCUGGAGACGUUCCAAAUAGUGCUUCUAGUGGAAUGAGCAAAUAUGAGAGGAUUGUUGAAUUGCUCACUACUCUAUUCCCCGUCUGGGUCAUUAUAGGCACAGUAAUUGGCAUAUACAAGCCAGCUGCGGUUACUUGGUUGGAGACCGAUCUUUUCACAGUUGGCUUGGGCUUCCUCAUGCUGUCAAUGGGUCUGACUUUGACAUUUGAGGAUUUCAAGAGAUGUAUGCGUAACCCAUGGACAGUUGGCAUAGGAUUUCUUGCACAGUAUUUAAUCAAACCCAUGUUAGGGUUCUUUAUUGCAAUGACCUUAAAAUUGUCGGCUCCUCUGGCAACUGGGCUUAUUUUGGUAUCAUGCUGCCCUGGAGGCCAGGCUUCUAAUGUUGCAACUUACAUAUCCAAAGGAAAUGUCGCACUUUCAGUUCUCAUGACAACUUGUUCAACAAUCGGUGCUAUAGUCAUGACACCACUCCUCACAAAGCUCCUCGCUGGUCAGCUUGUUCCUGUUGAUGCGGCGGGCUUAGCCAUCAGCACUUUUCAGGUGGUCUUGGUGCCAACUAUUGUUGGAGUUUUGUCACAUGAGUAUUUCCCAAAAUUCACUGAGCGAAUAAUCACUCUCACACCAUUGAUUGGAGUUAUCCUUACCACGCUGCUUUGUGCAAGCCCUAUUGGGCAAGUUUCUGAGGUCCUGAAGGCUCAAGGGGCACAGCUUAUAAUUCCUGUAGCUCUUCUACAUGCUGCUGCAUUUGCUCUUGGCUAUUGGUUUGCAAGAUUAUCAUCAUUUGGUGAAUCCACUUCUCGUACCAUCUCAAUAGAGUGUGGGAUGCAGAGUUCAGCACUUGGGUUUCUACUUGCCCAGAAGCAUUUCACAAAUCCGCUUGUUGCUGUUCCUUCAGCUGUCAGUGUUGUCUGCAUGGCGCUCGGUGGGAGCGCUCUUGCCGUCUUUUGGAGGAACAGGUCCAUUCCGCUCGACGACAAGGAUGACUUCAAAGAGUAAAACCAAGGAAUCUGACAUUAUUCUCUCAUUCUUAUUUGAAAGUUAUCCAUUGAGUGGUUUAGUUAGCUUUUGUAGCAUUGGAAGGUAAUGUUAUUUAGUGCUGCACGGUUUCUUCUUGUGGGGAGUUUUUGCAGCUAGCCUAUGUAAAAGUCUGAUCAUUUGAAUCCUUAGUUAGUGGUCAUGUAUUUUAUUCCGAAAGUUAUUCAACGGACUGUAAGUUCAAAGUAUAAACUCCGUGAUCAGUCCUGAGAGCAAUGGAAACUUAAAAUGGCGUUGUCUUCGAUCUGUUUGUGGGAAUAAAUCAGGGGGUAAAUGUUAAGAUAUUACUAUUUUUUUUGUGUGAAAUGUGAUGAUAUUAUUUAGAUA